GGCGGGCCGUUGUUUCCAGUUUUGUUGGAUUUUAGUUUAGUGAAGGUUGUGGUUGCGAAUUUGAAAAUUUAUAAUUUCGUCUUGUGAAACCAAAAAAUGGACUCUAAAGGCAAAGUUAAAAAUAGGUCAGUUAACUUUACCCCAAUGGAAGAAACCCUCCUAGCCUAUUUUGUAAAAAAACAUAAAGGCAUUUUGGAAAACAAAAAAACCGAUGCCGUCACGAAUGCAGAUAAAAAUAAGUGUUGGGUCAUGCUGGAAAAAGAAUUCAACGCUGAAAGUGGUGCCUCAUACAGAAGUGCCCAAAUUUUGAAAAAGAAAUAUGAGAAUAUGAAGAAACAAACAAAAAAGAAAAUAAGUGAAGAGAAAUGCUACAGAUUUGGAACUGGUGGUGGCCCUUUUCAAGAGUUUACUCUGACGGAAGCCGACCAAACUGUAAUAGAAAUUUUGGGGGAAACAAGGGUGCAUGGUUUGGCCACCCAAUUUGGAGGCGAUGCGGGUAAAUUGAUUAUUUUCAUAAAUCAUGAGCGGCAAAAAUUCCUUGUUUUAAUUCCCAGUAGAAAACCCAAGAGUACCCCCUCAAAUGCAGCUUAUAUUUUUUCAGAACCAAAAAAAAUAAAAACAAAGCCAAACUCAAGCAAUGUACACACUCCUCCUUCACCAACCCAGAAUUUGGAGACACAUAACAAUGAAGUAGACAUAGAAGCCAUACUUAUUUACACUGAGGAAACCGAGGAAGCAACGCAAAAUGACACUGAUCGAAAUAAUGAAAUAGAAUAUGUUGAAGACAAUGGUCUACAUGAAGAAAUUAUCACUGAAGAAAAUUUACAGGAAACAGUUGUAGAUAUACAUGAGGCUCCAGUAGAAACCUGGUCAAAAUAUAAUCCUACUUUAUUGAAAACACCAAAGUCAAAAGCUCUCAAACCAUCAACAAAAACCGGCCAAAACGUGGACAACGUGAUUUCGAAAAAAAUAAGUCAGUGGGCAACCGUGAAGUCUUCUCUAGAAGAGGAAAAACGAAGAUAUUUGGAGGAAGAACAUGAGACCAAAAUUACACUCAUGAAAGCCCUUCAUGAUGAAGAAUUGAAUAUAAUGAAAAGGGAAUCCCAAAUAAGAAUACUUAGAAGUGAGGAGGAAAAGAAAAUCAUUAUUGAAGGCUUAAAAGAAGAGCAAAAACAGAAAAAAGAGAUAUUUGAGCUACAGAAGCUUAAACUGCUCAAAGAAAUGAGAAAGUGA